AUGAAAAGGCUGAACGAACAAGAUAUUGACUACGAUAGUCCUCACUACUACUUCCCGCACCAUCCGGUCUUUAAACUGGAAAGUAGCACCACUAAAAUGCGAACGGUAUUCAGCGGAUCUGCAGUUACUUCCAGCGGUUUGUCGUUGACUAUCCGAAGCGAUUUGAGCAGCAUAUUGUUAAGGCUCAGAUGUCAUCCGUAUGUGCUAACAGGCGAUAUCCAAAAGAUGUUCCGACAAAUAGUGGUCCAUGAAACAGAUCGAAAAUUCCAACUUAUCUUCUGGCGAUUUUCUAUGGAAGAAAGAGUGGAAACAUAUCAAUUGAACACGGUUACUUACGGUACGUGCUCAGCUCCUUAUACCGCUGCUAUAUGUCUGCAACAAUUGGUUACCGAGUUCCAGAACGACUAUCCGGAUGCAUGCCAAGCUCUCCGGGACGACUGCUAUAUGGAUGACAUUCUAACCGGUCACCGCACCGAGACACAAUUAAUCAAAAUUAAGGACCAGCUGACAAUGAUUCUCGCUCGGGCCGGAUUCGAACCCCACAAAUGGGCAUCGAAUAAACAAACCAUUGUACGAAACACUGAUAAACAAACUGAAGUGAAAAUUCUUGGAUUAAGCUGCAACACAUUGAAAGAUAUCUUCACGCUCAAUUGUCAUGUAAACGUGGAUACAAAAACAACUAAAAGACUGGUCUUAUCAGAAGUGCAAAAGAUAUUUGACCCUCUUGGUUUACUAAGCCCAAUAGUCAUCAUUGGUAAAAUCAUUAUGCAGGACAUUUGCCAGAUUCCAUAA